AAUAUUGAACAGAGUAAGUGAGUAACAGACGUAGUGGUUACUGGUUAGUAAAUGGUGUGCCGUUCACGUGAAAGCCUAACGUCCCAAACCGAACUACGCUACGCACCGGCACAGUGCAGUGUGCACACGCGCGCUCUCAGUUCUCACACCGACGGCCAACGCCAAUCGUCGUCGUUGUCGGACUGCUCUAACGCAUGCCGCUCUUGACUCUAUCGCUGUUAACACUUUACGUAACCCUUAACCGCCCGUCCGACGGGCCUACCGAAUGCCGAACGUUCGUUAAUUGCGGUGAUGGCGCGUCAAUUGCUGGACGUGUGUAUAGUUUUAAGAACAUAAUUUUUUUUUCUUUUACGAAUUAUAACUUCAGUUAACUUAUCACCAUAAAUCGUAAUACCAAUUACUAUUGUUGUUUUAAUUGUAAUUACUAAGUACCUACAUAAUAUUAUAUAAUAUAUUAUUCUGUUUUGUAUCAUUGGUUUUAAGUCAGUUUUUUCACUCAUAUUUUCCAAAACUCGAAUGGUACCUACACCUAUUUUAUUUUAACUAUGUGAUAUUGGUGCGUCGUCAACGUAAACGUAUAUGCUUGUGAUCAGCAUUCGGGUAUAUUCAUUGUUGUAACUUAAAGACUGUGCUGGUAAAGUUUCAUACCAAAAACAAUGUUUACAAAAGUCGGUGUGCUGUUUGUGGUCCUAAUAGCCACGGCCACAACCAAUUCACUUCCAGUGGAUGAGAGUGAUGAUGUAUUGCCUACAAUGGUACCAGAUAUUAGCGAUACCCUGACUUCUGAGCAGACAACAAAAAAUACACCUACCGUUUCUUUGGGAUUGGUACAUGCCUUCGUCGCAUCACUUUCUGUGAUAAUUGUUUCAGAAUUGGGCGACAAGACAUUUUUUAUUGCUGCUAUAAUGGCUAUGCGACAUUCAAGAAUUACUGUGUUCACUGGUGCCAUAUCUGCUCUCGCACUUAUGACUGUCUUAUCAGUUUUAUUUGGAUAUGCAGCAACAGUUAUACCUCGUGCAUACACAUAUUACAUAUCAACAGCUUUGUUUGCUGUGUUUGGACUUAAAAUGCUAAGAGAAGGGUUCAAAAUGUCUCCUAAUGAAGGUCAAGAUGAACUUGAAGAAGUACAAGCAAAUUUACGACGUAAAGAUGAUGAGAACAAGAGGAAUAAUAAAGAUGCGUCUCCAGUCACUGAGAAAGACGAUAAAUCGCCUUCGGUUAUGCCAUCCGUGGUUGAAACUAUCAAUGUGACUGUUGACAAUAGUACUGACUUAAAGGAUGCAGACAUAGAACAACAGGCUCCAAAAAGAUGUCGAUUGCGAUUUGGCAGUAAGAGUUUGUUGAUUGUGUCAAAAACUCUGAUUCAAGCUUUUACAAUGACAUUCCUUGCAGAAUGGGGUGACCGUAGUCAAUUAGCAACUAUUAUUUUAGCAGCUAGAGAAGAUGCUUAUGGUGUUGCACUUGGGGGAAUCUUGGGACAUUCUUUAUGUACAGGACUAGCUGUUAUUGGUGGUCGUUUCAUUGCUCAAAAAAUAUCUGUUCGAACUGUAACUAUUGUGGGUGGUGUUGUAUUUAUAAUGUUUGCUGUGACUGCAUUAAUGUUUGAUCCGAAUGAAGGAGAAACAUAGCCAUAAGAAUGUUAUAACAAUUUUUAAGGCCAUUGCAAAUGCUCUAGUUCUAGAGCUCAGCAUACUUAGUUCAUCUGUGAUAUUUAUAUUUCACUAUUGUUAUUUUAGUGUAUGCUUUCAUUCAAGUAUAAAAUUCAAUAAUAUUUGUUGAUUUUGUAUUAUUGAUUUAUUUAUAUUUGUUAUAUUUGUAUAAAUGAAGUAUUAUUAAUGAGAUUUAUUGCCAUAAGGUAUAACAAUGUAUAGUAUAUAAUAAAAAAAAUUGAUGAUAAUAAAAUUGAUUUAUUUGCCUAAAUACAUUUGUCAAUUAUUUAAUUACUUUUCAUUAUAUUUUAAUAGUUUUAAUUAUCUAACUAUGUAUGAUAACUGAUAAGUAUCAUUCAAAUAAAUUAUAAUUUGUUUGAAUAAGUAUCAUUAUAUUAUUAUUUAUUUUUACAUUGAAUGAAUUCUAUUUGUAUAAUGUAAUAAUUAUUUUUAAGUAUAAAUAACAUAAUAUAAUUUACUAUUACUUUUUGUUUUUCAUACAAUAAGUGUUACAUUUUAAGUUGUAUGUCUAAGUCCAAUUUUUUUAGUGCCCAUGAACCUAAAUUGAAAAGUAUACUGUUAAUAAUUACUAUAGUGAUGUAAGACUGUGCUGAAAUUAUUUGUGCAUAGGAUUGUUUCAUGACAGUGUUGGCUUAUAAAAAUUAUAUGUAUUCUUAUGUA